AUGCUGACACUGAAGCCCUGCGUCGGUCUGACGACCUUUCUUGUCCCUGUGGCUCGCAGAGAUAUAAGACCGGUCGCUCUCGCUGCUCACCUCUGUCCCAUCCCUCCAUAUCCACAUUUCUACGACCGGCCAGCCAAAAUGACCAAGAACACCACCGACGAGUCGUUCAAGAAGACCCACCAGGUCGUCGGAGCCAACGGCGGCCAACUCGUUGACGACCUCAAUGGCAAAAUCAUGAAGGAGGCACCCGGUCACGACGGCAAUGUCGCACUCGAGCAAUCUGGCCAGCAACGCACGCACAACGAACAGAUCGAACGCGAUCUCGCCAACAAGGGAUACUCGACCCGUCAGACCGACGAGGAAGCUGCCCUCGACGCCGAUCUCAAAAAGAAGCUCGAACAGCGUGGAAACCCAACGAAGUGA